AUGUCGCUAGAUGCGUGCAAUAGUAGCGAGGCUGACAAAACAACCGAGCAAGAACUCAUAAUUAUCUUGGAGAAUGGAACGGAGCCAACACCGGUACGAGCAAUUCGCAGACCUGAACCAAAAUUGCAUGCACCUGUACAUGUACCUUUUCCACCGGCAGUAAAUGCAGCCUCUUUAAUUCGGAUCAAUAAAGAUGGAGCGUUACUCGCAAGAUGUACGAACAAAUUUUUAAUUUAUCGUAAUCAAUUUGCAAAAGAAGUUAGGACACAAGGGUAUAACCUUUCCAUGAGCGAAGUAUCUUGUUUAGCGGCUCAAGCAUGGAAACGGGAGCCUAAUCACGUUAUCAGGAAAUAUAGUGAUAUUGCCCAAGAAGUUAAAUGGUUGCACAAGCAAUUAUCUAGGUCGGGUUCAAAAAAAGGAAGAAAAUCAUCAAAUUCUUCGUUAUUGUUUUCAGAUUCAUCUUUAUUAACUUCCCAAACGAAAAAAAUUAUAAGUAAAAAUAAACAAGAACAAUUAACGCGUCUUUCCACGGCCAUUGCAAACAACCAACAGAUAUAUGAUGACCAUUCACCGCAGGAAUGUCAUCAAGAAUUACCACCAACUCCUUUAACUCCAGAUUACUAUUUUCCAGAAUCUCCGUACCCGUCACCGUCGAUGUUUAGUUCAGGGCAAUAUCCAGUAAAGAUAAGUGACAUGAUUAAAGAUGCUUUCGUAUCUGAAAGUUAUCAAUACAACGAUUUGGUCCUACCUUUUAUGGAUAUGACCA